GUUAAUAUUUGUCGGCGCAGGACUCUGUAACCGCGUUCAUUUGUGUGAAGUUGUUUUUUUGCAAGAAAGUUUUAGCAAAAUAAAUUUAUUUCUUUUACAAAAAUAUACCAAGUUUAUUGUAAAGCAAUGUCAAAUAUUGUGCAAUACAUAAUUGUUCGCAGCGACUUGAAAUCUGCCUUAAAUUGGCCUCUGGGUGCCGUAAUUGCUCAAUGUUGCCAUGCUGCUACUGCGGUCAUGCAUUUGCAUGCAGAUGAUGACGCCACAAAAUCAUAUUUGGCGGAUUUAGACAACAUGCACAAAGUGGUAUUAGAGGCCAAAGAUGAAGCAGCACUUACAAAAUUGGCUAAUAAACUGAAAGAAAAUGAGAUUCAACACAAACUAUGGAUUGAGCAGCCGGAAAAUAUACCCACUUGUAUUGCCAUUAAACCUUACGUUAAGGAAGACGUCCAUAAAUAUGUUAAAAAUUUCAAAUUAUUGAAGGAAUAAACGAAACAGUAGACAUGGACCAGGAGACAUCGGUUAAAAAGUG